AUGCAUAUUGACCCCAGCCACUCAACUACUUUUAUUUUGCGCAAUUUCUCGGGGACGCCCUACUCACUAUCGACCGGCAACGAGUUCAUCCUGUGGGGCUGCAACCUUCAGGCAACGCUGACUGGCGGUGGCCUUGAGGAUUUCAUCAGUGGUUGUGCCUCCUUCUGCCCCUCCAAUGUAAGUGACACCGAUGUCGAGAUGGCACUGCGGCGUAGAGGAAGAUACUGCAAUGGGAUGGGCUGCUGUCAGGCGAAUAUCCCCAUGUCUUCCAACGACAUUCCCACAUCGUUCAAACUUAAAGAGCUCAACAAGAACGAUGACCAGGAGUUGACGUCGCAGCCCGCAUACGUGCUAAUCGCAGAGGAGGGGUGGUUCGAUCAGCAACAGCUGUCCAAGGAGAUAGCAGGGCAGGAGAAAUCCGAAAUACCCAAGGUGCAGGUUCCCCUAGUUCUGCAGUGGGAGGUCAUCGAGGGCUUACCCCGAUCAGCGGACAUGAAGGUGCAUCCAGGCUGUCCAUCGGAGGUCGCGGGCAAGCUCUGCAAGAGCAAGAACAACGAUUGCAAACGAGGGAUCAGAGGCUAUUUAUGCCAGUGCAUGGAUGGCUACGACAAACCCGGCAGCAACCCCUACCUCGCCGAUGGAUGCAAAGGUUAG